AUGAAGCUACCCGCCGUUGCCUUUCUUCUCUCCUCUCUCGCCACAUCUACACUCGCCGCCUCCGACUCCUCCCGUCUAAACGAGAACACCCCGUGUGUGGCUCGCUCGCCCUCCAGCGGCUUAUACUUCGACCUGAGAGCAAUUAGUCUAUUUCCACCGGAGCUGAAGAAUGGUGAAAGGAUUGACCAGGAUGCGCGCAACGAGAGCUGGUAUUGCAAGGGCCACGACUAUGCGGCCAAUUUCUCGAUCAACGUCUGCGAGCCGGUCAUUGAGGAGCUGACGGAAGUGGUCGGGGUGGAUCCGUCACGGUGGAAGAAUAUCAGCGCAUAUUAUGAGCAAGAUGGCGAAAUAUAUUCAUUGGGAGAAUCAGCCUCGGACCCCUUUUUCCGUGGCCGCAAGCUUGUCUUGAACUAUACGAAUGGCUCUCCAUGUCCCAGUGACUACGACGCGACUGCCUCCAAUUCUUCAUUGCGAAGAAAAUCGGCCAUCAUGUCUUUCCUCUGCGACCGCGAUGCGGUGCCCAACCAGGCUACUCCGUCCUUCGUCGGCACAAUGGACUCAUGCUCCUACUUUUUCGAGAUUCGGAGCUCUGCGGCGUGUGGUGGAAUUGCCUUGAAUCCUAGCACAGGGGGGCUGGGCCCCGCUGGCGUCUUUGGCGUGAUCAUAUUGAUCGCGGUGGCGGCAUACUUGAUUGGAGGCUGCGCAUACCAGCGAACCGUUAUGCACCAGCGCGGCUGGCGCCAAUGUCCGAAUUUUAGCCUAUGGGCGGGCAUUCUCGAUUUCGUAAAGGACAUCGUCGUCAUCAUCUUCUCCUCUCUUGCCAACCUGCUCCACAUCAGUCGCUCUCCAUCAAGAAGUGGCUAUGUCCGCGCCGACACGGGCACCCGGGGCGGCUUCAUCGGGGCCAUCGGGGGCCGUGGAGGACCUGGCCAUCGCUCUGAAGUAGAUGCUGAGAAUCGGCUAAUAGACCAGCUGGACGAAGAAUGGGAUGAUUAG